UUUCAACAUUUCUUCAACAAAUGGCUGAACUUCAAGAAUACCUCAAACUCCUCAUUGUGUGGAUACUCUCCACAAUCGCAGUACGUGCCAUUCUCACUAGAAAGCAGAACAAGAAUAACCGCCACAAAAAUCCACCAAGCCCUCCAUCUCUUCCCAUCAUUGGACACCUCCACCUUAUCUCCCAAAUCCCUCACCAAAGCUUCCACAAGCUCUCAUCUCACUAUGGACCCAUCAUGCAACUCUUCCUCGGCUCCUUGCCUUGUUUGGUGGUUUCCAGUCCAGACAUGGCCAAGGAGGUUCUCAAAACCAAUGAAUCUUCCUUCUCGAACCGGUUUGUGAGCACCACGGUUCAUCACCUAUCGUACAACUUAAAUGGCUUCUUGUUCGCGCCUUACGGAGAGUACUGGAAGUUCGUGAAGAAGCUCUGCAUGUCGGAGCUUCUCGGCGGUCAGACCCUGAGUAAUCUCCUUCCCGUUAGACAACAAGAGACUCUGCGGUUUCUGAAGGUUCUACAAAGAAAAGGAGAAGCAGGUGAGGCCGUUGAUGUCGGUGGCGAGCUCUUGACUCUAACCAACAGCGUUAUCACGAGGAUGAUCAUGGGGAGAGCGUGUUCUAAAACCGAUGAUGAUGGUGAUGUGGAAGAAAUUAGGAAGAUGGUGAUGGACACUGCGGAGCUGGCAGGGAAGUUCAAUGUGACAGAUUUUAUUUGGUUUUUUAAGUGUUUGGGUUUGCAGGGAGUGAGCAAAAGGGUUAAGGAGAUUCUGGAGAGGUUUGAUAACAUGAUGGAGAGAGUGAUAUUGGAGCAUGAAGAGGAGAGGAGGAGAAGGAAGGAAGGGGCGGAAGGUGGUGAGAUUCGGAAUCUGCUUGAUAUUUUGUUGGAAAUACAUGAGGAUGAGAGCACUAAGACAAAAUUAAGCAGAGAAAAUAUCAAGGCUCUCAUUAUGGACAUAUUCAUGGCAGGAACAGACACAUCUGCUAUAACCAUGGAAUGGGCUCUAUCUGAGUUAAUCAUCAACCCGGAAGUGAUGGAGAAAGCAAGAAAUGAGAUUGAUUCAGUGACAGGAAGUAGUAGCAGGUUAAUAGAAGAAUCAGAUCUUCCUAAUCUUCCUUACUUGCGAGCCAUUGUCAAAGAAACACUAAGGAUUCACCCCACAUCGCCAUUCAUAGGGAGAGAGUCAUCAGAAAAAUCUUACAUUUGUGGUUACGAGAUUCCAGAAAAGACCUUGCUUUUUGUGAAUUUGUGGUCCAUGGGUAGGGACCCCAAACUGUGGGAUAAUCCACUUGAGUUCAGGCCAGAGAGGUUUAUGGGUGAAGAGAACAACCAAGUGGAUUUGAGGGGACAACAUUUCCAACUAAUGCCAUUUGGAACUGGAAGAAGGGCUUGUCCUGGAGCCUCACUUGCACUUCAGGUUGUACCUACUAAUCUUGCUGCUAUGGUUCAGUGUUUUGAAUGGAAAGUUGAUGGGAAAAUUAACAUGGAAGAGAAACCAGCCAUAACACUUCCAAGGGCUUGUCCGUUAAGUUGUGUACCAGUUCCUCGCUUUAGUUGAUUGGGCUGGUAGUGAAAUGAAUGUAUGUGAUUCUUCAUCUUGUCAGCAUCACCGCAAUUAUAUGAAACAGAAUGUUUGUAGUAAUUAAUUAAUUCAUAAACUCUACGAUUUAAUAGAAUGAAAAUAACUAUCAACACACUCUUUAACACUAA